UCUUCUUUACAUGUCUCUCAAAAUGUUGUCAUACCAAACUCAUCAUCAUCACCAAUACUACCUUUGAUUGCAAGUAGAUUUAAAACAAUCAGCAGAAACAAAAUCAUUUGUUCUGCCGUUCAAGAAUCAUCUACUAGUACAUCAGCUACUGCUGAAACAAAGGAGGAAGUAAAGGCAGCUCCGAAAGCAGCAACAGAAAAGAAGGCUCCUGCUGCUAAAGCUCCAGUUAAGCCUUUACCUCAGAUGAUGGAGGAAGAUGUGAUUCCUUCAUUGAAAGCAAUAUUAGAAGCUCAACAAGAUCUAUCUGAUCUUCAGCUGGUCUUUCAAGACAAUAAGUUGGAAGGUUCCUUUUCGAAAAAAGGAAAUCCCUAUUCAUUUUGGGCAUUCUUUCCCACAGGACUUACUGGUCCAAAGGGGUUUUCCUUAUCAUCUUAUAACUCAGGAGCAAGCACUGUUGAACCAUUUCUGGUUGAUGAGAAGAAAGUUACUGCAAAACUCAUUGUAUUUUGGGUUGAAAAACGUUUGGCAGCACAGGGGAUUAUUCCUGUAUGGAAAGACUGAUUCUUCAAAAAGAUUUUUCAUUUUGGUUGCAAAUGAUGUAGUAGUAUACAGUUCAAUAUUCUCUUGUAUCUUGGCUAAUUGACUGUGGUAUAUGGUAUAUAUAAAGUGUUGUUUGAUCAA